GUCGUCCAGCCGCCUGACCAUGCAUGAGAGGCCGGGCAUGAAGUGCAAGCCCGUCCAAUGAUUAUGCAGGGGAAAGGUGAUAAUGACUUCCUAUCAAGAGUUAACGGCCGAAGGGGAGAAUAGCCCUCUGUUAACGGGCUGCUGCCGAGCAAAAGAGGUUAUAAACCAGGACCUGGGCAGCAGGUCUCAUCCUGAACUCGGUGGUCGUGAUGACGAGGGGAAAGUGGAGGUGGAAGUUGCCUCGGGAUUUUAUUCUCCGCGUCUGACUUUGUGCACCUCUUCGGACAGCCCUCCUCCUCCAGGGUUUGAGACUCUGGAGGGAUUCUCGACACUGGCCUGCCCCCACUCGUCCCGUGUCCCCUGGCGGUGCAGGGCGCAGGGGCAGGGCUCUCCAGGACGUGAAUACUACGCGUCAAAUAAAGAGAAGCCACAGCGCUUUGGGUCACUUACGGAGGAAAUUCAAAUUUACCCUCACAAUAUCCCCGAGAUUCACGUCGCCGUGGGAAGCUCCACGAGCCCGGACUGUAAAGGAGCUGAUACGGAUGAAAGGAGUAAAACUUUUGAGUGGAUGAGAGCAAAGAGGAGUCAGCACCGGGCGGUCAGGACGCGCAUGACCUGUGGGUUCAGUAUUGUUGACUCGGGCCUCGGUGUGGUGGAGGCUGGAAAUCGCAGCAUCUGCGCGGACGGCCAUCCCACGAUGAACGGAGCCCCGAGGAUCAGUUACAGCACCAAGCAGCUGACCGAGCUGGAGAAGGAGUUCCACUUCAACAAGUACCUGACGCGGGCCAGGCGGGUGGAGGUCGCCGGCGCCCUGCAGCUUAGCGAGACCCAGGUGAAAGUUUGGUUUCAGAACAGACGCAUGAAGGAGAAGAAAUUACAGAGAGACGGGCUACUCUCCGACCCGAGGCCCGCGGCUCCGCACUCACACGCCGACACUUUGGACACCUGCCCCUUCCACGGAUCGACCUAGCCAAGAAAUAAAAAAAAAAAAAAUCAAAACAAACAAACAAACACCUGCCCCUGAACUCCUGAACUGCAUCGUGCGUUACACGGCGAGUCUGCAAAUGUUUUGAUUGGCGUUUGCAUCGUUUUCAAUCAGGCUUCACCUUUAUUUGCUUACAACGAUGGAUGCUUAACGCAAGAAGCGCAAAGGCAAGUUUCUUCAUGCAAGAACGGGCCCAGACGAUUUGUCAUUCUCUCCGGCUUCAGACUGGUGCUCUGAUUUGAAUAUUAAAAUUCAACGCAUCCCAUUGCGCUCCUAUCUACACAAUGUAAACGAAGAUACAAACUCGUAUUAAUUGCCCAUAGAAACUGUGGAAGUCCAUUUGCAUAUUUUCUUUUUGUGUUUUUUGUGUUUCUUUUUUUUUGUUUUUGUUUUUUACUUUUUUGGGGACAAUUUAUUCGGCAAACCUGAACACAUUUUUAACUCGUGCUUCCCAGUUUCUAUUUAAAAUGUAUUAUUUCUAUUUAUUGAAGAUCUAUUUAUGAUUAUUAUUUAUUUUGAUAUUUUUACAGCAUUUAUUCACAUUAUCCCAAAGCUGCCGUCUCAGACAAAUUAAAGUCCACAAUUAUGUGGAAUUGUUUCUGUUUAAUCUGUUUGCUUCUGACGGCUCACAUUUGAGGACAGGAGGAGAUACACCUGUUGUAGGCAGAGCCCACGCGUUGUGUUACCAAAUAUUUAUCAAGCUAAUUUAGCUUCGCUUUGAAUCCUACCUUCGUGUCGUGUGUUUUAUCCACUCCCACUGUUUCCUUUAUCCACGGAACGAUUAAAAUGCCAUGAUUGAUGGAGAGAUUUAUUGACGGGCUCGUAUUGGAGUAUUGAUCCGUGGUGAUCCAUCCAUUUGAGGCACAAAUAUGGGAGCAUUUGCAUGCAUGUGUAACUGCAUGUUAAUGGAAUGUAGAAACGUCGCGAUCGGGAGCUGUUGCGUCUUUUAUUGCUUCUAUAUAUGCAUCAGAAAAUGAUAAUUUAGCUGAAAGACUCAUGCGGGAGAAGAGACAAUAAAACGGUGCCUGUGCUGUUUUGCAGAUCAACCAAUAAACUGUGUGGCCCCAGCAGUUCGAGCAGCUAAAUAUUCCUUCCAGAUUCACAUCUCAUCUCAUAUAAAGUAAAUGAUGGUAAACACGGCCCUUAAACACUGUUAUGUUUCCGGUAUCACACUGCGUUUCUAUCAUGUUAAUGUCUACUUUAAUAUCAAGAUAUGGGCCAUCAGGCACAUUAAUUUUGUGUAAGGGAAUAUUUUUGUUUAGCUUUCAAUUAGCGUGUUUGCACUGGAUAUGAAGGUUACUGGAUCCAAAACGGAUAUUAAUCAUAACAAAGGAAUUAAACUUGAGUGUUGGAGAUUAGAAAUAAAGUGCUAGGAUAAAAAAAAAAAAGAUGAAGAAGAAGAAGAGGAGGAGGAGGAGGAAGAAAUUGGGUCGGUUUCAAACCUCUGACAAGCGUUCACGUUUGAAUUUGUCGUGUAAGUAAAAUGCUACUGCUAAUACUCAUUUAAAGUAAUACAAUUGCGCCUUUGUAGGGCACAAGAGUAGACAUGGAGGCUGCAAGGCCAAGCUAAUAUAUGCAGUUACACCAGAGUUCACCUCUCACCUCCUGACCUUUGCCUUGCCUCGGAACAACGAUGACCCGGUCAGCGGCUCUGAGAGAGCAAAAUGCACCAUUAAUUUGGGUGACCUCGAA